CAGGACAGGAGAAGUGGGACUGUGCAGAGUCCAUACAUACAGAAUGGGAGAACAGAUACUGAGAAUGACACCGGCAUCCAGGACAGGAGAAGUGGGACUGUGCAGAGUCCAUACAUACAGAAUGAGAACAGAUACUGAGAAUGACACCCAGCAUCCGGGACAGGAGAAGUGGGACUGUGCAGAGUCCAUACAUACAGAAUGGGGACAGAUAUCGAGAAUGACACACCCAGCAUCCGGGACAGGAGAAGUGGGACUGUGCAGAGUCCAUACAUACAGAAUGGGGACAGAUAUCGAGAAUGACACCCGGCAU